UCUUUAUACAUUUGUUCUUUCAUAAUAAAAAUCAUCAUUAUUUGAUGUUUAGGAUAAAAAAAACAUAUUACUCAGAACACAACCUUGAGAUUACAAGAUUUCAAGGUGUACUGUAAUUUCACAACAAUCCUUAAUAAUAUUUCACAGAGGCUUUCCAUAAAUUGAAUCAGUGUGUCCAUUACUAUUCCAAUCACGCAUCAACAAAAAAUACUGACUUCGUCAAAUCUAUUAAUUUCAAUCCUGAUAAAUCCAACAUAUAAAUAUUCGCAAAAAUUUAUGAUAAUGGAAUUUGCAGACACACAAACUCAUAGAAAUCUCUUUUGUGUGCAUAUUGAACAUGGAGCAAAAGUUAUUUCAGAAGCCACCGAAACUCAAAAAACCUUGUAAAGACAUGUGACACAAGCUGUUUAGAUUCAACAAAGAUCCAUCAAGGCUUAGGCCACAUUAUCUUAGUUUUAUUUUAUUUUAUUUGUUUUGUUUUGUUGUUGGGGGGUGAGAGGCUCCAAGCUGCGGAAAAUGCCAGAUCAUGGUGUACAACCGGAAGGUACUGGGGCAGCGAGAUAGAAGUUAGUUGGAAUUCAAGGUGUAAACUAUCUCACAUGGGGACAGAGCGGGAGAAAUCCUCAUGAUAGUCUGUCUGCUUCAAUGUGACUCAUGUCAAGCUCGGGGGCAAAUUGUAUUCAGUGGUGUGUCGUCCUGCACCUCCGCGUCAACAUCCCCGUCCAGCUUUCGGCCCCUGAAAUUCCAUACACACAGGCAGCAAAAAAUGUGCAGAAUACUACCACCACCACAACAACCGAACAUGUCGGGCUCUCUCUCUCACCACACACUUUGGAUGGCAACGCCUCAGUCACCCGUGCAGCAAGUUUGUUCUGACGAGGAGGCGCAUGUGCCGCUGCCCAUCAUGGCUGCCCACCGCCUCCAUGGACGGACGGAUGGAUGGAUAGACGAACGGACGGACGGACGGGUACGUGGAUGGAUAUAUGGAUGGAUGAGAAGUAGCCUCCCUCGUUCUCGUCCAUCCGUGGCGACUUCUGUUCGUUCAAGCGGCGUCGAAGUGUUACACUCGUUCCAUCAAUGAAAGCAACCACAUUUCUUUUUAAGUGUUGUUGAAUGUAUUGUUACAACGUGCCCAAUGGGAAUAUUGUAUGGGCAUAAAUUCCAUGCGGAAUUUUGUGGAGUUUUUUUUUUUAAAAUAUAUUUUUAAAUGGGA